CAACUUUUACUACGUUAAAAAUAGAUGCCAUGGGUUUUGAAGACGAAAGAAGUGAUUCAGACGAAGAACAUGAUAAAUCCAGAAGCAGCACUCCGGAUUCGCAAAAAUCAGGUAGCAAUGCUGCAAGAAACAGAUCAUAUUCGCCUAGUCCAAGAUCUUCACCUGCUAGAUCAAAUCAAUCAUCUCUGAUGCGAAAUGGAUCACCAGCUUCUGUUCGUUCCAAUGCGAGUUCUAGGAAGUCGUAUUCUAGAUCACCAUCCAGAUCACCUUCACCAAACAGAUCAGUCUCACCAUUGAAUAGCAAAAGAAGUAUAUCUCGAUCACGUUCUAAAUCUCAUUCUCCAGAACAUACAGAAACAAGUAUAAAAGAUGGCUCAGAAUCACCUGCGCAUUCACGUUACUCUAUCAAAUCUGGCUCGAGGUCUCGAAGCUCUUCUCACUCUUCGUCUAGAAGUUCUCGUGCAGCAUCAAGAAAUAAUUCACGUUCUAGAUCAAGAUCAAAUUCUCCGAAACCAAAUAAUACUCCAUCUAAAUGUAUGUCUCCGAAAGCAAACUUCCAAUCUUCCAAAUCACCUUCGCCUCGGGCAAUUUCUAAAUCGCGAUCUCAUUCAAGAUCUCUUUCUCGUUCUCGCUCUCCAAAAACAUCGAUUCAUUCACGCUCUCGAUCGGGAACUCCUAAGUCUUUCCAAUCAAGAUCCAGAUCAAGGUCAAGGUCAGAAUCAGUACAUCUAAAAGAAGCCAAAGCUAGUUCAAGAUCAAGAUCUCUAUCUGGAUCCAAAAAAGGUUCUCGUUCCCCGUCAAUAUCCUCAAAUCAUUCUCCUGUGACGGUCAGACAAUCAAGAUCGAGGUCAAAAUCAUGUUCUGUGAAUAGUUCUAGAAAAGGUUCUCCAGAUUUAGGAAAAAGCCCUCGAUUUAGAUCUCGUUCCAAUUCAGCAGAUGGAAAGUCCAAGUCAAGAUCUAGAUCAAGAUCUGGGUCUAGGAAACAAUCAAAAUCGCCUUCGCAAGAACGUGCUUUAUCACGUUCAAAAUCUAAAUCGAAAUCUAGAUCCUUAUCGGGUUCGAGAAAAGGUUCGCGUUCACGAUCGCGAUCGAGAUCGCAAAAAUCUGGAUAUGGAGGAAAAUCAAGGUCUAUAUCAGGUUCACGUAAAGGUUCCGUAUCUCCUGCACAUUCGAAGAAAAAUUCUCGCUCAAGAUCCAGAUCCAGCUUGCGAUCCAGUAAAUCUAAAUCGAGAUCCCUUUCUAUUUCAAGAGCUUCGCGGUCAAGAUCUCGUUCUGGAUCCAGAAAAUCAGUUUCGAGAUCGAAAUCGCGGUCUCGUUCAAGGUCAAAAUCUGGCUCAAGAUCACAUUCAGGCUCACGUUCAAGAUCAGGAUCAAGAUUCAGGUCGAGAUCUAGAUCGAAGUCACGCUCACGAUCAAAAUCGAAAUCACAUUCUAGAUCGAGAUCAAGAUCUGGAUCAAGCGCCAGAUCUAGACAUUCUUCACGUUCUAAAUCUCGAUCUCGAUCUAGAUCCAGAUCCAUCUCCAUCUCCGGAUCUAGAAAAUCCAGAAGUCCUAGCAGAGAUUCGAAUGAAGUAAUUAGAAAACGAAAUAGAGUAUUAUCAGAGUCUGAAGAAGAGACUGAUGAAACUAAAGCAAAGAAACUAAUGAAAAAUGAUUUAUCGGAUUCCGAGCAUGAAGAUGGGGAUGAAAGAAAAAAAGACGAUGAGAUGCAUCAUAAAAAGGAAGAUGAAAAUGAGGAAAAUAAACAAUUAGAUGAAACAGCUGUCCAUGAUCAACAAGACGAAGAUUCUGACGAUGGAAUUAUUACUCAUAGUAGUGGAAUGGAUGAUAUGUUGUCUGAUUUUGAUCGUAUGUUAGCACGGAAAAAAGAGGAACAAUCUCGUAGACGUAAACGAAAGGAUAUCGGUAUCAUUAACGAUAACGAUGAUAUUAUAGCACAGUUGUUAUCGGACAUGAAAGGCGCAGCUGAAGAAGACAGAAAGUUGAAUCAACAAAAUAAACCUGCUACAAAUAAGAUUGCCAUGUUAUCGAAAGUAUUGUCGCAGCUGAAAAAGCAUGAUUUACAAUUGGCUUUCUUGGAACACAACGUGUUGUCGGUCCUUACAGACUGGUUAGCACCGAUGCCUGAUCGUUCGUUGCCAUCUCUUAAAAUCAGAGACAAUCUUCUGAAAUUGUUGUGGGAGUUUCCAAAAAUUGAUCAAUCUUCAUUGAAGCAAUCCGGUAUUGGAAAGGCUGUGAUGUAUCUUUAUAAGCAUCCAAAAGAAACGAAAGAGAAUAAAGAACGCGCUGGAAAAUUGAUCAAUGAGUGGGCCCGACCUAUUUUUAAUUUAUCGGCAGAUUUUAAGGCGCUUUCGAAAGAAGAGAGGAUGCAGAGGGAUUUGGAGCAAACACCUCAGAAGAGAAGAAAAAUUGAGGAUGGAGGAUCCUCGCAAAAAUCACAGGAUAUUAAUAAGGCUUUGAAAGGAGAUUCUAAACCAUUGAGACCAGGAGAUCCUGGAUGGGUGGGAAGAGCUAGAGUUCCUAGGCCAUCUAACAAAGAUUAUGUCAUACGACCUGACUGGAAAUCAGAUGUUGAUAUUAGUAGAAGCACCAAGAAACAAAUGAGUCGAUUUGAGAGACACAUGAAGAAUUAUAUGGACAGUAAACGUAUGAAAUCGGCAAGAAGAGCAGUAGAUAUAUCUAUAGAGGGUCGUAAAAUGUCUCUGUAAUAUCUAUUUGAUUCUUAUGCUUUAUAUGAAUAGAAUAAAUUUGUGGCAAUGCUUCCUGAUGAUUACGCAAAAGCUUGAUUUAAUUCUUGCGUAAAUCUCAGGUAAAUUAAAGAUAAUUUGCAAAAUAUGUUUUUUGUUCUCUU